CGAUCUGGCAGCCCCGUCAGCUGUUGAUGUUAUAAUUUCCGCACGCCGGAUUUCGUGUUUUGCCUGCUAAAUUUCUCUUUAAAAUUAACUAAAGCGGCUUCAACUAAAAACAAAAUGUGGCCAAUAGUUAUGGCUCUUCUUAGGCGUAAUGCCGUCUACAUCACUCUACCCAUAGCCGGCGUGGUUGGCUUCAUUGGCUAUAAUUUGGAGAGUUUGUUAUCGGACAAGUACACACCAUACAGCCCCUCCAUUCAGGAAAUGCGCGCUAAGCGUUUGACCGAAGAAUCUUUGAACUCGAAUGCCGCCAAUGUAGAGAAGUUAUGGCUCAGCAGUCCUGUGCUCGAACGCAAUCUCUCGCCCUCGCUGCAGCCGAAGAACUGAACGUUAUCUUUAUAACCUACAAAUGUGUGAUACCGAAAAUAGACAAAGUUGUUAUCAAUAAAAAAGGAUGUAAAAAAAAGUACUU